AAAGUGUGUGAUCACGAUAUAAAGUUCACUGAAAAAAGUUUGCGCGGACUCGGAUUCAAAAUCGAGGUCGAUUGCGGCCAUUGUGAAAAAGUGCAAAUUAAUUCGUGUCCUAUGAUUGACAAUGCAUACGAAAUAAAUCGUCGGAUCGUGUUCAGUAUGCGUCUUCUUGGCGUCGGUUUGAAUGGCCUGAUGAAGUUUUGUGCAUUUAUGGACCUACCGCGCCCCAUAUUUCAAUCCUUCUACGAUCGAAUCGUAAAUUCGAUUUCGAUUGCCACUCAAGCUGUGAGCGCAGUGAGCAAAAAAAGGCUGCACUUGAAGAGAAGAGAAUUUCGUUGGAAAAUGGGAUGGAGGACGGAAUUAUCGUUUCAGGCGAUGGAUCGUGGCGAAAGCGCGGUUUUAGUUCGCUAUUCGGCAUAACAUCGCUUAUCGGCUGGUACACUAAAAAAGUGAUCGACGUUGUUGUGAAAUCGAAAUAUUGCAAAGCUUGCCAGCAUUGGGAAGCAAAAGAAGGCACCGCGGAGUACUGGGAAUGGAAAAGUACCCACGACGAUGAGUGCCAGGCGAACCAUAGCGGCUCCUCCGGAAAAAUGGAAGUCGACUCAGCUGUCGAAAUGUUUCAACGGUCUGAAGAGCUCUAUGGCAUAAAAUAUAAAUAUUAUAUUGGUGACGGCGAUUCCAAAACGUUGUUGGGCAUAUCGAAUAGCGAUCCAUACAAUGGUUUCGAGAUAAAAGAAAAAGAGUGCAUCGAUCAUGUCCAAAAACGCAUGGGGACUCGCCUCCGCGAAAUCGUGAAAAAACAAAAAGGAUUGUCUGGCAGAGGAAAGCUCACUGGAAAAUUGAUCGACGAGUUGAGCACAUAUUACGGCUUGGCUAUUCGGAGGAACAGCGAUGAUGUUGAAAAAAUGAGGAAGGAUAUUUGGGCAACUAUCAAGCAUAAAAUAUCCACAGAUAGUAAGCCACAACAUGACGAUUGCCCAAAGGGAGCCGAGUCGUGGUGUUCGUGGCAGCGAGCGGUUGCAAGCGGAAAUAUUUCUGAAUAUCGCCUUAAGCCGCCUCUUCCUAAGGAAGUAUUGGAGGCAAUUACGCCAGUAUAUGAAAAUUUGAGCAGAGACGAUUUGCUGCAGCGUUGUUUGGGCGGCUUUACCCAAAACAACAACGAGAGCUUCAACAAAUCGGUUUGGGCAAUAGCCCCCAAGUGUCAGUCCGGGGGAAAAAAAAUCAUCGAUAUUGCCGCUGAUAUCUCGGUAUUAUUAUUCAACGAUGGCCUGAGAAGCCUCAUGAAAGUUUUGGAGACGUUGGGGGUAACCAUCGGCCCAAAUUGUUUCAAUUUCUGCGUUGAAACCGACGCAGCACGGAUCGAGCAGGCGGAGCGCUCGCUCAUGGAUGCUGCAAAAGAGGCAAGGAGAGCCUCUACAAGUUCGAGAAAAGUUGCUGGAGACCGUGAUUUGCUUCUUGAAGGCCAGCUAUAUGGUGCCGGAAUCGCUGACUAGAUCGACUUUGAAGACAGUUCUGCUGCGUGCCGCGAAUCACUGCAGAAGCAACGGCACCUGAC